UGCGUUCUGUCACGGAUACACCGAUCACGUGAUUUUGUGACGGUUUCAACUCGUUUCAUUUCACGUGAUGUUAUCGUCACGGGAUCGAUACCUUGUCAAUGAUUCAUACACUUGCAAUUGUAAAGGAAACCAACGUUGGCAAACAGCUUGUAAAGAAAUGGUUGACUUUGAGAGCUUAAUACUAGCACGUUCAAAAGUCAUUCACAAUAUUUUAGGCAGUGAAGGUUCUGAUAGUGAGAUCAUGAGCGACUGUGACACCGAAUCUGUCGAAGAAGAAGAAGACCGCUGCAGGACACUGGAGGACGUGAUAAGGUACUAGACAGUGACGAGACGGUAUUUGUGACUUCUUGAACAAUCUGACUCAAGACAAGGUGUAAUUGAUGUACAUUCAGCUCAGCGAUGGCAAAGAACCGACAAAAUUGCAAUUAAUAUUCAUUUUCGACUUAAGCCUAUCUUAUAAGAAGCUUUGCAUCGAUCUUCCAGGAAUCUUGCAGUUCGUGAUACAAUUGAUGUACAUUCAGCUCAUCGAUGGCAAAGAACCGACAAAAUUGCAAUUAAUAUUCAUUUUCGACUUAAGCCUAUCUUAUAAGAAGCUUUGCAUCGAUCUUCCAGGAAUCUUGCAGUUCGUGAUACAAUGCACGUAACCUUGCGUUUUUUUACCGUUGUUGCUGACAAACACAAAGGCUUCAUUCUAGGUCUUGUUUUAUUCGUUUCUUUCAAGAUCUUUAGACUGGCGCAAAUGAAUCCGCUACAUGUACAACACACUCCAUAACCUUUGUACGUGACUUUUGAUUGCUUGUUAGCUAACAUUUCUCUGAUUUUUUCAGCUAUAUCCUUAGUAGUACCACACUAAGUGUGUGUUAUACAUUGUACAACUCUCUUCAUAACCUUUGUACGUGACCCUUGAUUGUUUGUUGCUUGCUAAAACGUCCCUGAUUUUUUCAGCUAUAGUCGUUAGUAGUACCACACCUGUAAAGCUAAGCAAACUUUCUCUGAGAUGGAACCUGGAAAAGGCGUUCGUUUUUUAUGUUUGCUUUUAAAGUAAUAGCCUGUGAGCAAGACAAGACAAGACUUUUUUGGGGGGUCGUAAUAUUUCAGCUGGAACAUCAACUGUUUUCAAAUUUAAAAUUACAAUCUUCUAUGUUAAGCUUUUUAUUCCACUGUACUUAAGCUUAACAAGUUAUUACAAAUAGCGACAGUUACAUACACACAAACAAAUAUUUUGAUCUACGUCAAUGUACUUUUUGUCUUCCUUCUCGUUUCUUAUUGUAAAGCAUUCAAACACAUGCUUCCGUAUCAAUUUUUGAGAUUGCAGGGACAUCUCGAUGAAACCACUCAACGAAUCGCUGUCGAAUCUUUCGUCGUGGUUUUCGCAUAAAUUUCAUAAUUUUCUUUGACCAAUUAAUUACCUGGGAACCCACCACCAAUCUGGACCAAAGAGACAGUUUAAUGUGAAAAAGACAGUGAAAAAACAGGGUUUUUGACGGGCCAAAGUCAGUCAUUUAGCAUUUUGCUUGCCCGACCCAUUGUUGUGAGAUGCAAACGCAAUUACCCCAAAACGAGGCACCAAAACAAACUACGUCAUCAUUGGACCGAUCUGGCCGCGAACUAAGCCGUGAACCAUUUAUACGAGUAGAUCGCGUCUAAUAUAAGCCGUACUCGUACAAAUGGUUCCUUUUGCGUCUUAUGUAAGCCUCAGCUAUAGUAAGCUGCGGCUUAUUUUCUCUCGUAUAAACGGCCCUAUUGUCAUCUGCCACCUGGAUACAUUGGAAUUUGUAAUCAAUUUUGCGCGUGAGUGUGAGUAAAACGGAGGUCGAAAGGCAACAUGACAUUUACCUCAUGCCAAAAUGCUGCUUGUUCCAAUGAGUUUUUCCUCUGGAGGGUAGAUAGACUGAUCAAAUGUGAUUUUUGUCGCUUAUUUCAUACUGAGAGGCCAUGACAUGCAUGUUGAUAUUCUACAGUCAUUGUUUCUGGUCGGCGUGAUUUGACCUCUGAUGCAAGAACAUUUUACACUGUGUUUGAGCUCUUUUGAAGUGUAAAGCUCUUCAUUGCAGCCAAAUAAACUCAUCAGUCAAGUGCCAGAAGUCGCCAUGUUAAAGAUCAGAAGACCUGUUUACGAGUGAUUAUUCGAAUCGCAUGCUACAUGCAGACCAAAAAGGGGAUGUUACUCAAACUUGUCAACAGUCAUUGUUCUGGCCAAAAGGACCUUGGAACAGCAGUCUCAAAUGUUUGUCUAUAGGCUUUCCCCCUUUCAAGGUGUUCAUUUUUCAAGUUAUUGAAUAGAACAUUUCUUUUUUCUUGGUAAGUGGGGCAUACAGUGAAAAAGGGAUAUUGGUCCUCCACUUCUAGUUUACAAAUUGGACAUAUUCUUUCUUCAGGUUUUUUAUAAGGUCUUAAGUUGAAGGUCUUAAGUAUCGGCCUGUUUCUAUGGUGAGUUUGUGGUGGCUUAAUUGCCAUUUUUGUUUUAGUUAUUCUGUGGCAGGUAUUGAUGACCAUUUGUAAUUUUCUGUUGUUUUGAAUUUUCAGUACUGUAUGUUCUCAUUUUGCUAUUUUGGUCAGUGUCUCUUUUAAUGUUGUUAUUCAUUUCACUCAUCCAAUGUUGCAGUUCUUUAUCCUUAAGCGUUUGCCUUAUUGCACCUACAAUUCCUGUUGAGUCCAUAUAAUGUGCUUUUGUCCAGAAUCUCCUAGUCCUAUCUGAUCUUGUGUGCUUCUUAUUUUUUUGCUCCAGAAAGCCUGAUUUUCGUUCCAUAUUUAUAUCAACGUAUGUUACUUGCAAUAAUUUAUUAUUUUUUUGAUCAGAGAUAGCCAGAACUUAAACUGGGUGUCAGUUUUCAUUAAUCAAACUCUCAGUGGUCUGGUUGCGGGGGGAUGGAUCUUGCAACGUCUUAAGCUACAGUAAAACGGGCAACAAAAACAGGGUUGUCAGAAAGUUUUAAAGUAGAUGGCUGAGUUGUCAAAGUAAGUGGCCAGUCCAGGGGUAUUUUAUUUUAAAAACACCAUCCAUAAAGAAAUGCCAAGCAGAAUAUCUAGCUGAUACUAACCAAGUAGGUGCCUAUUUUCGCCAUCAGCCAGCUACUUUUGACAACCUUGCUAAAAUGUGCAAGUUGUUUUGUGACAUUCCUCCAAAAUGAGUUGAAAAACUGUGUUGCACAUUUUACCACCCAGUUUAAAACCUGUCUUGCAACAAACCAGGUUUUUUGCAAGUUGCUUGAAUACUGACCUCUUAUUAGAUAAAAACAGGAGUCACACCAUACACAGGAUUUAUGUCACAUGCUACAAUUCAAGUUUGCCUUGGGCUGGUAAAACGUGUAACAUGUACAGAUUUUGUUGCAAAAAGGAGGUCUACUUCCUGCAACACCUUUUUGCAACCUGCAACAGCCUGAUUUGUUGCAAGGCAGGUUUGAUUGAUUGUGGGUGGUAAAAUGCACAGUAUUGCUGUUCAACGCGUUUUGCAGCAUUAUGUAACAAAACAACUUGCACAUUUUUGUUGCCCGUUUUACUGUAGCUUUAGAAGUUUGAAUUUAUGCAUCGAGAAGCUGAGGAAGAAUGAUUUCAUUUGGUUAUGACACUAAUCUUCGCACGUGCUGCAGGGAAGUUUUUCGUAGAUUUCAUGAGAAAUAAUUGCGUUAUGAAAGUUUCCUCAUAAAUUAAAACUUGAGCAAUUUUGAUCUGUUGAUGAACUACUUCAGGGCAUUGAACAGGUCCAUAAAAAAGUUCUGAUUCUUCAGGGCUUUGUGGUGGAUAGAUCAUGCAAUUCAUUUACCUCCCUUGUUAAACUUGAUAAUGUAGUAUAAAACAAAGAAUUGGUUCAUACUUAAGCGUUGUGUAUAAACAUGUUUUGUUAGAGAAAGUUGUCGUUACUCUGUUGAAUUUGUCAUUUCACUCGGCCGCCAUUUUGAGAAUUUAUUUCCAGGAUGUGUGCUUACAAUGUACAUCAUCUUUCACAUUCCUGACAGGCAAUCACAUGCCCAAGUGAAACUUACUGAAAUAAAAUGGCAUCCAGUGAUGAAAAUGAAUGUGAAAAAAAUAUAAUAGAGCAGUAUUCACAUGGCAUAGUUACAAUCUGCUGCAAGACCAUGUCUGUUAAACUUGGUCAAAUUUACAGUUAUUAUAGAGGGAUGUUUGUGAGGAAAACAAGUGUGCAAUUUACAACUUGGAGGAGACCUACAUGUAAAUAAUUGCCACACAGAGGCAGCUUGAGGUUGACAGAAAAGACAACCUUGUGAUACACCUGCCCCUUUUUUUAAAUUCAAAGGCACAAGACCCUCAGCUUUGUCCUGAGGUUUUGUGUAGGACCUACUUUUAUCCAAAGGUGUGCAAAGAUUUCCUUGGGUGUUAUGACAUUUUUACAAAAUAAUACAGCUAAAGCAAGUUGGCAGGCAUACCUUGCAUUAUAUUAUUAGAGGAGCCAUAGCAAUGUUGACAGAAACUAAAAAUAUUGCUUCCUUUGCAGGAAUUAUAUUUUGAAAAAUGUUGAAAACGUACCUGCUCAUAAUUUAGCAAACUUGCAAUGAUUAUGUACAGUAUACUGACAGUAUUAUAAUUACACUUGCACAUUGUAAAAUAACAUUAAAAUAAUUCCUGUGACGUUGCUCCUUACAACACAUGUACACUUAAUUGUAGUCAUUUUAAAACUGAGAGAAAUUGAACUAAAUCUUUUUUCUUUAGGGACAUCAUGGUAAAACAGAAUGAAGUCCACUGGAGCAGACAGUACAGUGAUUUACCUUGUGAAAGAAUAGUUUCACCUGGGAAAAGAUACUAUGUACAAGCAACAGGACCUGAUGAAGGAAUUAAGAAUAUCACAUUAGAACCUCUGUCACCUGGUAAAAAAUCAGAUAAAAAUCGGAAAAGCAAAACCUUUGAUGGUUGUGAACCAUUUGGUGGAUGGACUGAGCGCCACUAUAGGGCUUAUGGCAUUGGAACUUCUUUGUAUGACUGUGAUCCAGUCACCAAUCAUACGUCUGGGGAUCCAGUGGCUGAUGUCUAUGCAGUGGUUGCUGGAGAAAACAGUUGCAUUUUAGCAUUAGCUGAUGGGGUGAACUGGGGAGAAAAGUCAAGACUUGCAGCACGCUGUGCUAUAGCAGGCUGUCUACAGUACCUAAGUAUUCACCUGUCCAAAGCAAGCACAACCCAAGACAUCAUGAACUUUCUUUUAAAAGCAUUUGAACAUGCGCAGCAGUGUAUUUUGAACAAAAAUGCAACAAUGACUACAUUAUGUGUAGCUGUGGUCUGUAAGCUUGAGGCUAGCAACAGAUGGGGUCUGUGUGUUGUCAAUGUCGGAGACACCCUUGCAUUUACUUACAAAAAGAGUAAAGGAGUUCAAGAAGUGACUAUUGGCUCUCAUUUUGAAACUGAGGAAAGAGAUAUGCGUUGUCCAGGAGGAUCUCUUGGUCCAGUAGAUGGAUACAACCCAGAUUUGAGUAAUUUGACAUUCUCAUUGACAUUUCUUGAUCAAGGAGACAUCGUCUUCCUCACAAGUGAUGGUGUCUCAGACAAUUUUGAUCCUGUAAUUGCAAAAUGCAAACACUGUGUGAGUCCUACAAUGAAACGACCCAGCAGUCUAGAUUCAAUGCUAGAGGUCAUUUCGAACAGCAAAAAAGGAGAAGACAUUGAAGGCAUGACCUCUGUAAACUUCAGUAGUAAAAGUGAUGAUGAUAUUCAUCGUGCUCAAAUGUUUGAUGUUCCUGUGGUAAGACAUAGGAAGAUGCUUGAUACCAUGACUGAGGUACACUUGAUGAUAAUUAAUAAUUUAUGAUAUUUAAAACAAACUAUUUAUUCAAAUUCAGCCUCAUACUCAUGAGCGUAUUUAUCUAAGGGUUAUGGCCAGUAAAUCUAAAGGGCUAUAUAUUUUGUAUUUUGAAAAAAAGAAGGAGACAUUAUAUGAAGAUUUGAUUUAUUUGUAAAUUUUUACUACCACAACUGGUUUUCAGUUCAUGUUGGUGAUAUACAAAGUUGAAAUAUACAGUAAGUUUACAGUGUGGCUGUAGCUUUACAUGUAUGUACUUGGCUGUAUGUAUUUUAUGCCUGAAAUUUUUGAGUCCACUUUCCCUUAAAACAAAAGGCAGUAAGAAAUCAAAACAAUGGCUUGUCCACUGAAAUGCACAUAUAUGAUUACACAUGCUCUGAAACCUGUGUCUACUUUCUGUGUUGACAGUUUGUCAGCUCCAAGAUAUAGCCAUUAUGCGUGAUAUUCUUCCAUCUAUGCACAUGACUAUACACUGUCUGGAGAUCAGAUAAUAUGUUGAUCAAUGGGGCCUCAUAAGGGCCCAUGUUCGUCCUUGAUGCUUUUUGAUCUUUUGCUAUUGUUUUGAAAUGCCCUUAAAUUAGGGCUCGAAAAAAAAUUUCCUGUACGGUAGUCCAUGAUAAGUAAAUUUUGUUGCUGGGCAAGUAACUUUUAAAGCUUACUUGCUCAAUGGGCCUACUGUUAGUCCAGGCAAGUCAUCGUCCAAUAAAAUUAUUAACUAAGACCAGCAAGAAGUAGCCCUGAGCAAGCAAAUUGUGUGAGCUGCUUGCCCAAGGGUCAAGCUGGAAUUCAAGUUUCUUUUGAGCCCUGCCCUAAAUAGGCCAUUUCUCUUACUUUCGAAAUGAGGCUACCGGUAAGUGUAAAACCUUUGUUGUGAAAAAUUAUGAGUUUCAUUUGCAUAAGAAAAAAAAUCAUUUUCAUAUCAAUGGUUGGCACUUUGCCCGGCUUUGAAACAGUGGCAUGAGGCAACUUGGAAAUGGUCUAUUGUCCUUUCCAGCAAUCUGAUGUCUCCCAUGAAAAUGCUUUAAAAUGCUUUGCUAAUAUAUACCUUGUCCCUUUAUUCAUUCUGUUUAGGUUAUUCAAAAAGAAGGUCCUGAAGAUCGCAUUUCAGCACAGGACGUCUGUGCCAAGCUUUUGUCUCAUGUGAUCAAGUGCACUGAAAAAAAGCGUACUUUCCUAGAGGAAGUUGAUCGUGAUGAUCACAACCUGACCAUAUCAAAUAAGGAAUUUCUGAGAACAAGGAACAGGGAAAUUUCAAGGCACAUGCGUGAGCUUCCGGGAAAGUUAGAUCAUGCUGCUGUUGUUGCAUUUGAAGUAGGCUACUUUCCUGCGGACUUCUUCAAAACGGAAUCAGGAGGACACGCUAACAGUAAACACAGACACAGCAUAGUUAAUGCUAUUUUUUCUGGAAUAAAGAACAGUACUGACAGCGGCAGGAGAGCAUCAGUUGGUGAUGAAGAAAUGUUGGUUGAAUAUACAUUGACAAGUGAGGACGGAAUGGACUCUUAUACUGAGUUAUAUUCAUUGUUUGGUAAUUGAUGGCUGUUUAAUUCAUUGACUAUGACUUAUAGGUGCGGUUACACACACCACGGUAAAAGGCAUUUCCCACGUUAACGAGGCCGUAGUAAAUUUUAACGUGGGUUUAGUUUACCGUGGUAACAUGUGGUUACGCAUGAAUUAAUUCCCAAGUUAAUUUAGCCGCUUUUUCGGCUUCAUUCACGCCACUGCGGUAAUAAUCGCCGUCGAUCAUGGCAGUAUUUCAUGUUAUGUUGAAAAAUUCCGGGGAGUUUAGCUGAAAUUUCAACUGGUAUGUUAGUCCUGAUAAUUUAGCGAAGGUACAUAGGAUUUUUUUAAAUCUUGACUUAAGAUUACAUUUUACAGCUAAGCUGCAUCCCGUUGAUUGAUUACAUGCCAGGAAUAGAACACAUUUUUUUGGGAAAUAUCGUUGCUAAAUCUGGCCCAACAAACCAGUUCAAUCGAUCUUUAAUUUCUCUCAACAGCGCGAAAAAAAAAACCCGUUUGGAAAAGGAAAUUUUUUUGCGGUUUCAUGUUGUUGUCAAAUGAAGAAACCUGAUUGGCUCUCUUGCCUUGGGUAUCGAAAAACUCUUGCUAUUUACCACGUUAAAUGGCAUGGGCGCUUUCUUUCUUCUUUUUGACGUAACCAUGGAUAUUUCCCGCGAUAAAUUUAUGUCGGGGGAAGUCCGCAAACAAGCACCAAUUUACCGCGGUAAAAGGGUCAUUUACCACGGUUAAAGUGUCCGUGUAACCGCACGUUAUGUCACAGACUAGAAAUUGAAACCAUGAUGAAAAUUUUGUACUGUUCGUGCAUUAAUUUUGCCAGCUACUCUUUUUAAUUAAGUGCUAGGCCCCUAACAAAUGCCCGGUCUAAACUAGGCAGUUGAAAAUACGGAAGCUCCCUCAGGCAUCAAUUUGAUUACUAUUGACUUGAGGUCUAAAGGGAAAAUAUAUGACUACUAAGAGAAAGGGACAUACACCCUUCCUUGCCAAAAAAUAUUGAGGGCACAAAGUCUGACUCGUCCUCAGUCAAUCUCAGUCAAUCUCCUAUUAAUAUUAGGGAGCUUAAUCAACGAAGACGGCGGCGACAACCAGAACGGCAAAAAGGCAAUAGGUCUGGAUGAUCAAAACAACAACUUUCCAUCACGCUUUUUUGUACAUUUCUUUGCCGUCACUAAACGACUAAGACGUUAAAGUGCCUAGUCUCACGUUUUGAAGAGGACGUGAACAGAAGACAACUACUUCCUUUUUUCUUUUCCUGUCUUUUGACACAGUCCUUUGGAACUCAACUCCAGUUUGAGGCAGCGUGAAUUUACUUUUUAAGUAACGUUUUCGCAGAGUUGUAGUUGCUUAAGCUCCCUGAUAACAAGAGAAGCGCGGUCUGUGGGAGCGCGAGUGAUAACACCCGUUGCAUUCAGUUCUCUGUGUGCAAUCCAAAUAGCUUAGGGCCGAGUCAGCAGUAGACUGCUGAUUCAAUCAAAUGCCGAGUGCGUAAGGCCAAGUUUACAAAUGCGGGAGGCUUUGAAUUAUGAUAAUGUAGUUAUGUUGCAGCCUUAUGUCUUAAUUUUCCAAUGCAAUUUGAGCCGGUGAUAAAGAUCAUUUUCAUUAAGCUUGUGAAAUUUGGUGGCAGCCGCUUGUUAGCUACAUCCCUGAAAUUACUGGGGUAUUGAAAGUAAUACUGCAGCAAAUCUGUAAGAGGAAAAAAAAGGCAGUUUUGUCCCCAUUUUGCUGAUGUGUAGGAACAGGUUUUUGUACAUUUGAAAUGAACUAUGCCUGUAUAAUUAUUCUUUAUGUUAACCAUAAACAUGAAACUGUUAUACAGUUUGUAGAUGUAACUGUUUAAGAAUCCAAACUAAAACGUCUUGGAUAAAUAAUAAUAGUAGUUAUAAUGCAAGUUGUCUCGAAGGCAAAUUUUACGAAAUAAAAGUGAAGUGAUGUUAAAAUUUAAUAUUUCAAAAAUGUGGGUGACUUAAACUGUACAUAGAGCAAAAUACCUUGUAGGAUAGUGUGUAACAUUCAUUAUCAUCAUCAUUAUGGUCGUCGUCGUCAUCAACGUAGUAAUGAAAAAUUCUGUUCAGAUGUAGAAUAUUGUUAGAAAUAGUAAAUCAGUCCGAAAAUGGUCAGCAUUACCCU